CACAAAGUUUAGAGACAGCGGAGGAAAUUACAACAACAACCAAACAGCAACAUGAAGAGCAGAGGAGUGCACCAGCUUCACGCCGUGUUGCUGUUAGCCGUGGCGGCGCGGUGCGUCCAGGUUCAGGAGCGCGGUGUGAUGACGUCCAGUGAGAGGAGCACCAUCGAGAGAACCUACGAGCUCACCAAGUACCUGGAUCACCAGCUGAAGGAGAUUAAAGACACUUACCUCUCGUAUCUCGGCCCCCCCUUCAGCGACCCGGGUUUCUCCCCGCCGCGGCCGAACAUCUCCUCCCUGGCGGUGCCCAGCGCGGCCACGCGGGUGGAUCUGUGGCGCGGCCUGGAAAACGGUGCCCGCCUGGCGCAGAACCAGCGAGCGUACAGCGUGCUGCUGGAUGCGGUGCGUGAGCUGGCACGCUCCACCCUGUGCCCGUACCUCCAGAGCUCGCUCCUGCACUUCUGCUCGGGUCUGAGCGGAUUACUGGGCUCCAUAUCUGGGCUGAUGAACGCCCUGGGGUACACCCCGCCCCUGCACGGGAACGCCCUGUCCGCUCAGAAAUACGGAGCCCCGGUGGCGGCGUAUCAGCGGGCCAACGUGAACGGCCCCGCCCCGCUGAGGAGGAGCGGUCAGAGCGGGUCGGGCGCGGGGGCGAGGGAUGGCACGGCGGGUCCGGAGACCGAGAGGAGGCGGGACAGAGAGAGGGAGCGGGCGGAGAGAGGCCGGAGAGGGAGGAGAAGAGACGGAGAGACGUGGGUGGACAGAGAGGAGCAGGAGAGGGACGAAGGUUUGGAGAGGUGGGGGCGGAGGAGGCGGACGCUGUCCCUCGACGAGGAGGACGACGCCAAACCAGCCGGCUACGACCAAAACAACAACAACAACAACAACAACGUGAACCACACCCACACCAAGGACGAGGACGACGGCUACCAGAAAGGCGUCCCCGUGCUCUUCUCCUCUCCGGAUUUUCGGCCCGGGCGCUCCGGACGCCCCGUCUCCUCACCUGACUCGCCCCUCUCUCCGCUGUCGCUGCUCUACGCCUACGAGGACGGCGCGGUCGAGGGCGACGCUCACUUCUCCACGUCGGCCCCCUCGUCGCGGCCCGUCCUGAACGACUUCACGCGGAAGGUGGAGGGAUUCUGGGUACUGCGGGAGCUCCAGAGCUGGCUGUGGCGCUCGGCCAAAGACUUCACCCGGCUGAAGAAGCGACUCCGUCACUGACCGCCUGACCCGCCCGCUCUCGGACACACUCGGAUUCUCGGACGCUGAAACGCAGAAAAAGACAAAAGUGGGAGAACAAAGAGGAGUCGGGAGGAGAAAGUGAGCGGCGCGGGGAGACAGGACGCCCAUUCAGCGCGAGGGGCGAGUCAGCGCUGAAUCACGCCGCGUCUCAUUGUUUCGGGGACGGAGGACGAAAAUAAAGAUGAAAGGACGUCACGGG